UGGCUAACGAAAAUGAAAUAGCCGAACUGGACACAUUAAAGAGCGAGAAAGAAUUCAAGGAAUACAGAACAAAACUGGAUGAAUAUAAAAGUCGCUUAACGUCAGAUGAGCGUGAAAAAGUUGAACUAUGGCAGGUAGAAGAAUAUUACUCAGAAUUCCCACUGUACAAGAAAAGAGAGCUGGGAUUAGAACUGGAGGCGAAAUGCAACAAAUGGUUGUUAGAGGCGUCUGAUGCUGAGGAUGAUUUCGAGCUGCUGCAAUCCUCAUUUAAGAGACGGAAUCAACUGGUUUUCAAUACUCUGAUUGACGAAUAUUUCGAACGAUUGUCAAAAGAACAGCAAAAGAAGCUGAUUCUUCUUAAAGGUUUCACUUUAUCGUGCAAUAGCGGGAAAUUUUACAUGCACAUUCAAACGAUGCUUCAUUGCUUUUUGGCGAGUUACUUCGACCUGCAUAUUAUUUGUUUCUAUAACAUGACAAUAUUUCAAAUGUUGUAUUUAGAAACAAAUAAUAUUUUGAUGGCCUAUUUAUAUAAAGUAAGCUUCAACUUCACGAUUUAG